AUGUCAUCUUCAGAUAAUCUUACAGGUAAAUUGAUUUUUGCCAUUAUAAUCAUAUGUCUUGGUGCUUUUCAGUUUGGCUAUCAUAUGGCAGAAUUGAAUUCUCCAGAGUUGAUAAUGUCAUGCCGGAUUUCUAAACCUGAAAGAACUCCAUAUGCCGAUUCUUUCUUUGGAAGACACGGGUUCAAGCAAUGUAUUCCUUUAGAUCCUCAGCAAGUCGGAUUAGUCACUUCAAUUUUUAGUAUAGGGGGGUUAAUUGGAUCUGUAUAUGUGGGAUCAAUUGCAAACAAAAUUGGCAGAAAAAAAACAACAUUGCUAUAUUGUGUGAUCUUUUUUGUUGGUUCCACACUAAAUGGAUUGAGUAACAACUAUGCUUCUAUUCUUAUAGGAAGGCUCAUAGCGGGUCUUGGAGCUGGUGCUGCAUUGGUAAUAACCCCUGUAUUUAUUCAAGAAAUCGCACCGGUUGCUUUUAAGGGCUUUCUUGGAACCAUGAACCAGGUUUCUGUUAAUGUGGGUAUUUUGGUGACACAAGGAUUAGCAUUGAAGUGGUGUACUGAUAAUAGAUGGAGGCUUUUAUUAUUGAGCGGGUCCGUCCUUGCUCUACUUGAUUUCGUUUUAGCGGCCUUCUAUGUUGAUGAAUCGCCAAUGUGGCUCUUCCAUAAUGGACAUAGUAACCAAGCAUAUAUUUCUUUGCAUAAAUUGAGAGGAGGUGAUUACACGGAUUCAAGGAAUGAAGUGAAUAGUUGGAGUAACGAACACAGCAAUAAUAACUCAGACGUCGAAGGUGAAAGUCUAUUAAGGGAAGACGGUGAAUCUGUGAGCUCCGGUGAAGCAGCAGUUACAUUGGAAACAUACUUAAAAUCUCCUGAGCACAAAAAGUCAAGAAUAGCUGGUACUGGAAUCCUCGUGCUUCAGCAGUUCUGUGGAAUUAAUUCUAUUAUAUUUUACGGAGUAGCAGUAUUGACUUCGAUAUUUCCUGAUCAUGCCAUAUUUGUUAACUGCUUGAUAUCCAUCGUUAACGUUGUCGUAACUUUUGCUUCCGCUUCUUUAGUUGAAAAGCUAGGCCGUAAACCUUUGCUCUUGAGUUCAACAUUCAUGAUGGGUGUAUCUACUAUAUUGAUGGGUAUUGGUAUAAUAAGUGCAAGCUCUGUAUUUUCUAUUAUCGGAAUGUUCACAUAUAUUGCCUUUUUCGCCAUAGGUAUGGGUCCAAUUCCUUUCUUUCUCGUUGGAGAGCUUACAAAACCAAAGGCAAAAGCAACUGCCCAAAGUUGGGGAACCACCAUGAAUUGGUUGGCUACCUUUAUUGUUGGAUUUUUGUUUCCGAUUCUAAAGAAUUCAUGGAUAGGUGGAAGUGUUUACUUUAUUUUUACAGGAAUGUGUGCUGUGGCUUACCUUUUCGUAAAGUUUUACAUUCCAGAGACUAAAGGAAAGACUUCUUACGAUGAGGUAUGGGGGACUGAAGAAGGGAACUAA